AUGCGCAUCCUCCUCGUACUGCUAGCGUUGGUGGUAGCCACCAGCGCGUUCGACUUUAAUGUUCUCCAAGACAAGGUCCUCGCUCUCUUGCGCAAGGCCGAGCACGCGACGCUCGACCCGAUCAUCGACGCCGCUGUCAAAGACGCGCUAGCGGAGACUGCCAAGAUCCAGCGACCGGCGCUGCUGGCCAAGCCCCAUAGCGACGGCUCGCUGCGCUUUCGCAUUCUUCAAAUUCCCGAUCUGCACUAUACAAAUCUCGCGCUCUAUCCGUGCGACCACAAACCCGAUACCAUGCUAGGGCUCUGCGUCGAGGCCUACAUGACAACUAUGGUCAGCAAGAUGCUCGACGAUGUCAAGCCCGACUUCGUCGUCUUCACGGGCGACCAACUGGAAGCGCUCCAUUUUCCGCAGACGUGGCUCGGGUCGCUCGCGGCCAUCAACACGUACGCCGCCGAAGUCGAGAAGCGCAAGAUUCCGUGGGCGAUGGUAUUUGGCAACCACGACGAAAACGUGGAUCCGUACCUCUUUGCCAACAAGCACGUCAUGAUGGCCUACAUCGAGUCGCUGCCGCACUCGUACGCCAAGUUUGGACCGUAUGGCAUUGGCGGAGCCGGCAACUACGAGCUCCGUGUCGCCGCGGGUGGCGCGUCACUGCACUUGUAUUUUCUUGACACGGGCAAGGACGGGACAGUCUCAGCUGGCCAAAAGGCGCUUCUGCGGUCGUUUGCAGCGUCUCAUGCGCCCGAGAAAGCCCCUGCGCUGGCUUUUUAUCACAUUCCAGUGCAAGAGUACAACGACUUCAACGGCACUGGCCAAGGAUCGAAAGGUGAAGCUGUCAGCUCCGGCGUCAUGAACACGGGGCUCUUCGACACGAUGGUUCAGAUGGGCGACGUCAAGGCCUCGUUUUGCGGCCAUGAUCACUUCAAUGACUACUGCUUUCUUCGCGGGACGGUGCACCUCUGCUACGGCGGCGGUGUCGGCUAUGGAGCGGCGUACGCCAAGGGCGACCACCCGCGCACGGCUCGCGUGAUCGAAUGGAGCGUCUCGCCCAAGAACGAGUCGAAUCACCACUUGGCUCUACAAGCACAACACCAAAAACACCGACGACAAGUACUUGGUCUACCAGCGCGACGCCCGCACUGUUUAAGCCAGCCAUAACAGCACGUCACUUUGACAUGAUUUGAUGUA